AUGGAUUUGACUGGGCGUUGGGAAUACGCUGGCAUCGAAAAACUGAGGGCGGUGAUGCUGAUACAGUGGUUUCUCCAGGUCAACGUUCCCAAGACAAGGCGGACCUACUGCAAGGGCAAGGACUGCAAGAAGCACACACAGCACAAGGUCACACAGUACAAGGCCGGCAAGGCUUCGCUAUUCGCCCAAGGAAAGCGCCGAUACGACCGCAAGCAGUCCGGUUACGGUGGUCAGACGAAGCCCGUGUUCCACAAGAAGGCCAAGACGACGAAGAAGGUUGUGCUAAGACUGGAGUGCACGUCAUGCAAGACGAAGGCGCAGUUGGCGCUGAAGCGAUGCAAGCACUUUGAGUUGGGCGGCGACAAGAAGACGAAGGGUGCUGCGUUGGUCUUCUAA